CUAAUCGAGCUCCGUUUGAUCUCCCAGAAGCGGAAGCUGAAUCAGUUGCAGGCUAUAAUGUAGAAUAUGCGCGGGAUGCGAUCCUUAAUAGUCCACUGUUGGCGGAAGCCAAUGUCCCGGGGUCCCGGGGACUCAUUCUGACUGAAACAAGGGGUGGGUCUUUACCAACUUAAAAAUAUUAGAUUUUAAGUAAGACAAAAAACGUGAGCGCCCCUACGCGAGCCUUAUUGAAAACUCAAGUUCAUUUUUUAUUUUUUAUGUAUUCUAUUAAUGCGCUCAAGCAUGCGAAGAAAGCUACAAGCGAGAAAAGCCCUUUCUAUGUUAUUAGUAAAGAGCUUUUAUUGCUUGUUUAGUAAAGUCACGCUUUUCAUUUUGAUAGGAGUAGGUGCUUGCUGGGGCACUCUUCAUUCUUCAUUCGAAACUAAUGAAUGUCGGGUCGGGGGUUUCUGCCUUGUUAUCAAAAAGGGAGUUGGGUAAAGCAAACUCCCUCCUUGGACGAGCACGGGGCUUAGUCAAGUAGAACCGGGUUGCGCUGCUUGAUGCUCCGAUCGAAAACAAAUCAGUGGGGCCAUGCCGGUACGAGUGAAUAUGCGUUAAAAAGGUCAAUCCCUCCCCUACGACACCAAAAAAAACCGGGCCGAACUUCUAACAGCCCGCCCGCUUCCAUAGAACAAUAUCGUGGCAACGUAGACCUAAGUGGUCAUAUAUAUUGGAUCUUGGGGAACCAUCACAAGUGCGGCCGGCCUAUAUUUAAACGAGAAUGCCGUGUCGUCCAGCGGAGCCUAGAAGAAGGUGACUCGCGCAGACAGCUGACUCCUUCUUUUCAAUAGAAAGGAAUAGCCAAACCAACCCAGCUGGCUGGUCAAUCUCAGAGAUCUUAUCGGCCGGCAAACCUGAGACGGACGACCACGGUCCCGACCUUAUCAGCACCGGAGGUGUACUAAUCAAUGAACCCACCCCCGAAACCUACUUUCUUUUCUGACAAAAUCCACCAAGCCUAACCGGUCACGACAUGUUGUUGAUAUUGAUUGAGUUUGAGGGACUUUCGCUGACAAAAUCCAUCCAUAAACCUAGACCCCGGCAACUUUCGUAACCAAAGCGUCAAGACAACAGCCAAAGGUCACCUUUGGAUUCUUAAGUAGGGGGCAAAGAGGAGCACGUAGGAAUGCGGACCACUACAUAAGCCACUGGUGGCUGAGAGAAAGCGAGCAGCACCUUGUAUAGGUUGGGCGGAGCUUGAAGAAGCGAGCCCCUAUCAGAGAAAGCCAUUGCGCGCUAGCCUAGCUAGCUAGCGUUUUUCAGCUGGCUGUUAUGUUAGUUGUUGCGCGUCUUCCCUCCUUCUCUCACUUCGGAAAGAUUUCGCAGUAUUUUCUUAUGAUGACCUGGUCGAGAGAGUACGAUACAUCGGUGUAAAAGAUGGAGUGGGAUCUGUGAGGUUGGUUAUAGUAAGGCCUGGCCGGAAAGUCUUCUUGCCUCUAUCAUUGAAGGAAAGGUUGGUCAACAAUUUGGAGAGUUUGCUUUUCUUUCAUCUUUCUAAGAGCAGUCUGUUUGAUCAAAUCAGGGAUCAGACCGCUCCUGGUGUUCGAACUAGUCAUUAAUGGUCGGCUUCAUUGGUAUCCUUUCGGUAUGCGUUGCGAACACUUUCAUUUUUAGCGUCUCAUCUUAUCUAGAGAAGCGAAACUCGAACGGAUAGAGCAGAUGGUCCAACUACAUAACUUUUUCUUUUUCAUUACUUCUAUGGUCGUGCCUCGUGGCACGGCAGCACCCUUACUAUUGAAAUGGUUCGUCAGUAGAGAUGUUCCCACAGGUGCCCCUUUUUCCAAUGGGACUAUAAUUCCUAUUCUUAUCCCUUCAUUCCCUCUUUUGGUCUAUCUACAUUCCAGGAAAUUAAUACGCUCCAUGGACGGAGCAAAAAGUGGAGUAUUGGUCAGAGCAAGCCGCCCUAUUCUAUUACCAGACAUAAUUGGGAGAAGCUCAUCCGAAACUAGAGCUGGAAACGCCUCAUUUCGUUUCGUUCCCGUUCUUCAUUUCCUUCUUAUCGAAUCCAAGGGGGACUUCUCAUAUUUAGAAUCUUUCUGCGGUGUGCUCUGUUUACUAUUCUUUCGUACUCUCUUCUCUUUACCACGCGAUAGGUCAGCAAAGCGUGAGCGGGCGCGGAGAAGGAAACACCAAAGACUUCGGCCUAACCCUAACGGGAAUGAGCAACAACGAAAUGACAAGAUGGGGUGCUCCGGGCACCCCCAUUUAGAAAGAAGGGUCGAAGGUUUUGGGCCUGUAGCUUUCCCCGUCCCCCCUUCGUCGGGUGGUGCUUGUGUGGGGGGUGUGCCACCUGAACCUGAAAUCGGGCUUGAAGCUCUCGCCUUACCAACGAGCCGACAGCUGAUGGCUGUUGGUCACGACUACCACCAAAAAGCUCCAAUGAAGAUUAAUAUUUCACAUUUUGGAGUGUGCAUCUGUAUGUUGGGUGUUCUUCUGUCUAACACAAAGAAGAUACAGUUCACUCAACGAUUGCCUUUGGGUUCCGAACUCCAUAUGGGGAAGGAGCGUUGUUGUUUCCGAGGUCUCGAUCAUUUACAUGGACCCACUUCUCAUUCCAUUUGUGGGAAUUUGAUGAUCUAUAAACCGUCCCUAACGAACGAUCGCCUCAUGUUUGAGCAUGAUGAAUCACUUCGUGCCGACCUGUUGCCAAUAAACUUUCCGGCCUCAUAUGAGAAUGGAAAACUGGAUCAUUUUCUGCAUCGGUGGAUGAAGAAUAGCGAAAAUAAUAAUUUAUGGUUGACCAUGUUCCCAGAAAAAAGAUACUUUAGAGAAACAACGAGCACGACUGAAGUGGCUAUACAUACAAAUCCAUUUACGGAUAGAUAUGCUUCGAUUGGAACUGGAAGUUCCAGAACAGGCGGCUGGUAUACCACCAUAAUUAAACUGCCUUUUCUUUUUUUUAUUCGGAUAGGAUUUAUGUUGGCUUCGUCGGGAGGCUCGCGUAGUUUGUUACGUCAGCUCCAAAAGGAUAAGUUGCGUUGGAAUCGAGAAAGUUCCGUGGAAUUCUAAAUUGCAUUAAAAAAAGAAAAGGAGUCUCAAUCAAUAGAGGCUAGAUCGGACUAAGGAGAGAGACGGUUGAGUACGGAAGCGAAAGCGGAGAUAUAGGCUAGCUAAAUGCCCUGUGAGAAUACUGACAUGAGUCAGGAUAAAUCCGAAUGACUAGUGGCCAUAACUCAUUAAGCAAUCUUAACCUUUUUCGCUUAGCCUUUCCUCUUUCUACCGUUACGAGAUGCAGUAUCCUCUUACGUCUGUCUUUGCUUGCACGGCUUUCGACCGGGACGGGAAGAGGUUUCCUCGUUGCAUCUUUCCACACAGCAUUGGUUCUGUCCCUUACCUUUAUCGCCCGUCGGGCGUCAAGGUUCGCAUUAGAUCCCCUUAUCUAUCGUAUUUUUCCCCCCAACAAAAAGCCCAGAGCAAGGGGGGCUGGGGGGGGAAAGAAUGCAAUUCCGGAAUCUCAAUGUUGCCCCACCAAAACCAAUGCCAAUCGCGGAUCUGUUAGUGGACAGAGCUUCUGGGCAAUCCAUUCUUUCAUUCAUGGACGGUCACUUAGGGUAUAACCUUCUUUUCAUCUCCAAAGAGGACGAGGCAAAAACAGCGUUCCGUUGUCCGGGUGCUGUUGGACGGACGGACUAUUCUGCUGGCAGGUGAUGCCCUUCGGUCUGAAGAACGCUAUAGUUACCUACCAGCGAGCAAUGAACCUCAUCUUCCAUUACUUUAUUGUCAACAUCGUAGAGGUGGUGUAUAUUGACGAUGUAGUUGUGAAGUCUUUCCUUCGGGUUAUUUGUCUGAUCUCAAGACAGUGUUCUCGCGCGAGAACACGGCUUGAAGAUGAACCCGUAAAAAUGUGCAUUUGACGUAACAGCAGGAAACUUCCUAAAGUUCUUAGUGCACAACAGAGGGGUUGAAAUUUACAAUAAUUAAUCGGGCCAGAAGUUGAAGAAUGCCUCUCACACAGAUGGACAGCAAAGAAGGCCUUCUAAGGCGGACUCUGGCUCUUUCAUUUGUAAGAGUCCUCCGCAGGCACGAGAUUGUCCGAUGAAGGAGAAACUAGCUGGUUGCCGAGGACAAGAGGGAAGAACCCCUAGGGUGAAUCCGUUACAGUUGCGGAAUGCGAUCACCCAUUAGAAGCCUACGUCUGCUGGGCUUAUGUAUGUUGAGAUAGUGCUGAAUGAAAUGGCCACUCUGCUCGUGCGAUGGUCGAUACCGGCGCCACGAGACGAGGCUACUUCCAUCCAACCAAGGGAAAAGUGAAGUCCCUGUAAGCAAGCCAUGAUCAUGAUCAUGAUCAGAGGGAGAAGACUAUUCAUUCAUCGUCAUGAAAGGCAAAUAAAAGGCUUUAGCAGCCCAUUCUUGAACACGAACACGAAGCCUGAUCCUAGUACUAUACUAGUAGGUAGGGCUUAUUAUGGAAUAGGAAUAGAAAGCCCGGGAGGUCCCCCCGUGUUUAAUAGCAUAUCAAGUUUCUGCCUGGUUUGCUCUUUCUUUGCCGCGGACCAAUGUGAGAAGCCCUAUUAAGUGACUUAUUGUGUUGAGUCGGAUACCUCUUUAGAACGAAGUUUACCUCUACCUACUAUAGUACUCAAAUGACUUCGUUCCUUGAAAGCGCUCUCUGCUUGAUCUGGCACUACUACUAUAAAUUCGGGUGAUAGACGAAGGCGUUGGUCCAUCGGUGCCUUAGGGGCAAUCAUCUGCGCCAGUGUAUAAAAAUAAAUUUGCAAUUUUUACAGUAGCGAGGAGAGCUUAUGGACAAUCCAUUAGGAUUCCGGCGGCUUUUGCCACCUAUGAUCCGUGUUCACAAGAGCGAGACGGUUCAAUGUCUUACAAUGUUCAAGCAGCAUUCUUGCCGGAAGGAUUUUUUAGGAAGCCCGGACACCUACCGAACAUCCCUGAAGGAUGGAACAACAUGAUGAAGAAGGCGGCGAAAGUUUAGAGGAAAAUCUGGGAAGAGAACAAGGAGAUCUCUGAAAAGGGGAGGCAAGGAAGUAGUAGAAAUGUUGAAGAGGAGACAACCCGCUCUUGAACUUAAGACUAUGCGCGUCGCGUGCUCGAUCUAGCAAUUGUUUUGAUGAACUGUCAUUCAAAAAGAAAGAAGAGAAAGCAAGUACACGAUAGCUAUCGAUAGCUCUUCCAUCACCCUAUCACCCUCUCUGAAAGUCCUUUGCUAAAGUGCUCAAGGGGCUUAGUCGUGCAAUUCGUCGUGAAAAGAGGAAGUAUCCCUUAGCUAGGGAUCUACCAUUUCUAGUGACAAUGGUUGCUGGUGAAAUGCUACCUUACUUGUGUUUUAUGACUAUCUUUCCUCCUUUUUCAUGCUUUCUUGAAUUUAAAAAGAACCUAACAUCUUAAGAUCGGACUAAGGAGUUGAACUCUAGUUUGAGGAUGGAUUCUCUAUGAAUAGAAAGAGAGGACUUUUCUAUCUAAACUUUAGGCCCUCAGGAAAAUGGUAGGCUAAUCCAUUUAAUGAAAGUUAUGCCAAUUGAAACUCGUACCAGAAGGCAGGAGCGGUAGUCAGCUGUCCUCGUUCUCCUCUUUCCUUCCGAUGAAGGGAUCUUGCUCGCUUUUCUCUAAAGGGCUAGUCCUGGUUCUGUUAAGGGCCUAGUUCUGGACUUGCUCGACCAAGUGUUAAAGGUUGGAAGUAGAUUCUAGUGUGAAUGCUGGAGUUGGCGCUCAAUGGAGCUCUUUCUCGCCCUCUCUAUAAGAGAGAUAGGAUCACCUAAGUCUCGUUAUGGAUUGAUGGCUAAAGGAGCGUCUACCCUUCUUUCUAUGCUCAUUUGGUAGAAGAAGUCAGAAUAGAAUAAUUUAAGGGCUCGUUCUUCCCGGCUUCCAGAGAAAGGCUUCGUAGCCAAUCCAAUGCGACCUGUGACCCUAGAGUUAUGUCUGUAUCAAAUACAUAAAAGCGGUGAUCAAGUCUUCCAAGUAAAGGAAUGCAGAAUGGAAUGUCCCAAGUGAGUCGUAACAAUACCAGCACGUGGUAGUCUGAAUCAACUACUCCUGUUUGCUCUCCCUGACCAGGCACGGAAGCAGGAACAGGCCCAUCUGUGGCAUCGGAUUUGAAUGCCGAGAGGAAGAGGAAUCCAUUGACUGAAAUCCCUGACCCGAUGUGAGGUGGGAAGUACAUACGAACAAGUGAUCUUAGCCCGGGAUUUCUAAAUCUAAAUAAGCUAUUUGGACUGUAAGACAAAAGAACGACUGCUACAUCUAUAAGAGUCGACCAUCUUUCUACUUGACUGGAUGAGUAAAGGUAAAAGGAUAUGGUUGAAGCAUGCUUCCGAAAAUUUGAGACCCGCUAGAAAUCAAUGUUUUAGCCUGGUAAACAAACAAAUAAGAAGGUCUUUCUUCCAACGCUCGCCCAUGAGAUAGGUCUUUCUUCGAGAGAACUCCAGCGUGCAGUUCAGCCUAUUUGCAUUCAAGCGGUGAGACUGACGUUUAUUCAGCAAAGAAAGGGGAAGUCCUAUUUGAAUUUUGUAGUGAACGUAAUACGCUCUCGUUCUUAGGCCGAGGCAUGCGGUCCUUUAUUUGGUGAUACUCAAACUGCUCCAUUAGCUAAAACUUGCUCCUGCCUCGUACCUGGGCAUCGUUUCUUUUCCACUGGAACACUCUUAUCUGUCAAUAGCCCCUCUCGACCUACCGAAGCCUCGCGUAUGUAGAAUGCAGUUGGUUCAUUGAUUGUUGAUACAAAGUUGGGCUCAUAACUCCUCAAUCCACUACCAAACAACGAGUAUGGGCGGCAUCGCUCUUUUCUUUUCGGCUUAUAGGGGGCGGCCCCACUCCUCUUGUCCACGUCUCAGAGUGGUU